UUGACUGCAAGCGGAGAGAAGAAUCGGUCUAUUAAAAACUAAACAUGGCGACUUACAACAAUUUUCAUGAACCCAGCCCUUUAUGGACAAAUGGCCCACAGCCAGGCAGUUUCUUCAAUCUUUCUCAUACAUUUAACUCAGGCACAAAACGAACUAUGCAGCCUGUUGUCACUGGAUCAUCUGUACUUGGACUGCAGUUUGAUGGUGGAGUCAUGAUUGCUGCAGAUAUGCUGGGGUCAUAUGGAUCCCUAGCAAGAUUCCGUAAUGUUUCCAGAGUGUUGAAAGUCAACGAUAAGACAAUCUUGGGAGCUGGGGGAGACUUUGCUGACUUUCAGUUCAUGAAAGCUAUUAUUGAGCAAAGAGUGAUUGAUGAGGAAUGUUUAAAUGAUGGGUUUGGGUUUACCCCCAAAAGUUUACAUUCCUGGUUAACCCGUGUGCUGUAUAACCGACGUAGCCAGUUUAAUCCUCUGUGGAAUGUCUACGUCAUUGGAGGAAUCGAAGAUGGAGAACCGUACCUGGGCUAUGUUGACAAAAUUGGUGUAGCUUAUACGUGUCCCUCUAUUGCUUCUGGUUAUGGAGCAUACAUGGCGCAGCCCAUGAUGAGAGAUGAGCUGGCGAGGAACCCCAACAUGAGCCAGGCCCAGGCAGAACAAGUGAUAGACAGAUGUUUGAAACUGCUUUUCUACAGAGAUGCCCGCUCUCUAAACAAGUACCAAGUUGCCAUAGUUACAAAGGAUGGAGUUAAAAUCAUCGGUCCAAUAGUGUCUGAAACCAACUGGGAAAUCGCUCACCUUGUAAAGGGAUACGAGUAGCUGCAUUUUCAUCAUUUCUGUUGAACUUGUUUGUGUUGUUUUGUAACUGUUGAAAAGAAAGAUGUGUAUAUGUGUGACAUAGCUCUAAAAGACAAACUUUCAUGGACGCCAUAUUUCUCAUCAAAUAUCAGUGGUUUGAGUCAUCUGUGACCUAUUCAAAGAAGUGAAAACCGAAGUUGGAUUAAAAAAAUUAAAACUAUAAA